UUUUGACACAAUUUUAAAAUAAAAUCUAUGAUAUGUGUGAGAAAUGAAUAUCCCAGGAUAAUUUCUAGGGCUUUGCAUUUCGCUUCUCUCUCUCUCUCUCUCUCCGAGAAUCACAUUUAGUGGAUAUGGCUGAGGCUGCACCUGCUGUUCCCAGUAAUGAGUUGUUGGAAUGGCCAAAGAAAGACAAGCGUCGGUUCUUACAUGUUGUGUAUCGUGUCGGUGACCUUGAUCGCACCAUCAAGUUUUACACAGAAUGUUUUGGAAUGAAAGUUUUGAGGAAGAGAGACAUUCCGGAGGAGAAAUACUCAAAUGCCUUUCUUGGAUUUGGGCCAGAAGAAUCUAAUUUUGUGGUGGAAUUAACAUACAAUUAUGGAGUGGAUAAAUAUGACAUUGGAACAGGCUUUGGGCAUUUUGCUAUUGCGACCCCAGAUGUUUACAAAUUGGUUGAAGACAUAAAGGCCAAGGGUGGGAUUAUCACACGGGAGCCUGGUCCAGUUAAGGGUGGAAAGACUGUCAUUGCCUUUGCAAAAGAUCCUGAUGGCUACCUUUUUGAGCUAAUCCAAAGAGGUCCUACUCCUGAACCACUUUGCCAAGUAAUGCUUCGUGUGGGUGAUCUUGAUUGCUCUAUCAAAUUCUAUGAAAAGGCGUUGGGGAUGAAACUACUGAAGAAGACUGACAGACCAGAACAGAAGUACACCAUAGCCAUGAUGGGAUAUGCUGAUGAAUAUGAAACAACUGUUCUGGAGCUGACAUAUAACUAUGGUGUGACUGAAUAUACCAAAGGAAAUGCAUAUGGACAGGUUGCCAUAAGUACGGAUGAUGUAUACAAAAGUGCUGAGGUUGUUAACCUGGUUACGCAAGAGCUUGGAGGAAAGAUAACUCGACAACCAGGACCAAUUCCUGGACUCAACACCAAGAUCACCGCCUUUCUAGAUCCAGAUGGCUGGAAGACAGUUCUGGUUGACAAUGAAGAUUUUCUGAAGGAACUGGAGAAGUAAUUGUGUAAUGGAGAAGUAAUUGUGUAAUGGAAAAAUAAAAAAACCUUACCAGUACCAAUGAUAUGAAUUUAAGUUUUUAUGCCUUGUUUUGAUGCUGUGGUCAACUGGUGAGAUUAACUGUGUUGGGUACUUUCUCUUCCCAUACUAGUAUAUUAUCAACAUGGAUAUGGUUGAGUUAUGGUUGUAAUUUAAGAGGCAGGCGUUGGGUCAAAGCUUGUGGCUCCACUAGGAGAUGCACUUGCAUGGUUACUAUUUAAUAAAAUCUACCUUUGUUUAGUGUUAA